AAAAGUUUACAGACGAAGCACUGGUGGGGAACGCCUUUCACCGGAGACAACUUUUCCAGUCGGAAUAAAGCUGAAUUUUAUAGAAGACUUCACCUAUGGCGACAAGAAAGGGAAUUAAACUCCUUAGCAAGGUGAUGGCUCGUGACCCUGCUGUGGAGCACUUAUGUGGACUCCUCACACGGUCGCAGCGGCCUGACACACCCUCCGACGUUGCUGAGAGUAUUCACAGAGUCCUGGGCCUGAUUGAAGCGAGGGAGAAUUACUGUCAGAAAUUAACAAUGCCGGAACCCCCGAAUACCCGGAUGAUCUGCGAAAAGACGUACAAAAUGCCAUGGAAGAAACUGUUUGAUGAAGGGAAAGUCAAGACGGAGUUCUCUCCCGUAUGGAUGAGUGGAUACGGAGAAGCACAGUUUCUUCAGUUCUUGAUAAGGAUGCAGAAAGCUAAGAGAGUCCUGGAGAUCGGGAUGUUUACAGGAUAUGUUGCCAUGGCAAUGGCGGAGACUCUUCCUGAAGAUGGCGUGGUGGUGACCUGUGAGAUAGAGCCUUAUUUGGUAGAGAUGGCGAGGGAGACAUUCGAUGGUUCACCAUACGGAAAGAAAAUAGAGAUAAGACAAGGUCUUGCCCUGGACUCACUGGACAACCUUGCCGAGGAGUGCCAGCAUUUCGAUAUCAUCUAUCUCGAUGCCGACAAGGCGACUUAUCCCGAUUACUACAAGAAAAUAAUGGAUCGAAGUCUUCUUGCUCCCGGGGCAACACUGGUGGUGGACAACGCCUUUGAAAUAGGGUUGGCGUACACCGAGUCGAACUCGGCAGUGGAUAGGAUGAACAAAAUCAUCAUGCAAGACGAAAGGGUGGACCAGAUUAUGUUAAACGUCUUCGAUGGCAUGUCGUUGAUCAGGAGGAAAGGGGAGUAACUCUAACAGUGUCUUUGACAAGAUGCAAAUGGGAACAACUCUUCACCAUACCGCGGAGACGAAGGUGACAUAACCUUCCACGUCAACGGAUCGCUCUAAUAUUUUCUGAAAUAAAGGCUAUAUACUUUGA